UGUGCGGAGAAAGUUGAAACGUAUAGUGAGUGUGAGAAUUGCAGUUUUUCUUUCUCAGUUUUCUGUGCAUGUUUUUCGUGUGAAAAAGUGCAAAACUCAUCAAAAAUGACGGCUACUGAUCAGAUGCGUGCCAUGCUUGACCAACUAAUGGGCACGGGGCGCAAUGGUGAAACCAAUCGAUACACGCUCAAGUUCAACGACAGCAAAGUGUGCAAGAGCUUCCUGCUCGGCUGCUGUCCGCACGAGAUCCUGGCAUCCACGCGCAUGGAUUUGGGUGAAUGUCCCAAAGUUCACGAUCUCGCACUGCGUGCAGACUAUGAGAAGGCGUCUAAGUCGAAGGAUUACUACUAUGAUAUUGAGGCCAUGGAACAUCUGCAGGCUUUCAUUGCGGAUUGCGAUAGACGCACAGAUGCCGCAAAGAAGCGUUUAGCUGAGACACAAGAGGAAUUGACAGCCGAAGUGGCGCAAAAGGCGAAUGCAGUGCAUCAAUUGGCGGAAGAGAUUGGCAAGAAGUUAGCCAAAGCUGAGGCACUCGGAGAGGCUGGACAAGUGGAGGAGAGCAUGAAGCUUAUGAAUGAAAUUGACGAAUUGCGUGCCCAGAAAGUGAAGGCAGAGCACGAGUAUCGCUCAUCGAUGCCGGCGAGUACUUAUCAGCAGCAGAAAUUGCGGGUUUGCGAGGUGUGCUCGGCUUACUUGGGAAUUCAUGACAACGACGUUCGAUUAGCUGAUCACUUUGGUGGCAAACUUCAUCUUGGCUUCAUGGCCAUCAGGGAGAAACUGAGUGAUCUCGAGAAAACUGCCGGACCCCGGAAGGCGGACCUGCGGAAGGGCGGAAGCCGCAAUGAGCGUGAGUAUGAGGAGCGAAAGUCUCGCUAUUAUGUGGGUGGGCGCGAAUUGGACAGGCGAUCGCGGGUGCAUCGAUCGCGGAGUCGCGAUCGGAGGACGGGAAGCAGCAAGUCAGGCCGUCGAUCACGGUCCAGAUCACGUAGUCGAUCCCGAAGCCGCCAAUCAUCGCGUCGACGCUCUUAUUCGCGAGAGAGAGAUCGCAGAUAAGCAUUCAAUCUUGGUUGGGAAGUUCAAUUUUUUCAGCUUCUAACAACAAAUAAAGAAAAA